AUGAUACUGUUACAUCAACAACAAUUGUUUACCAAUAAAAUCGGCAACAAUUGUUUACCAAUAAAAUCGGCAUCAGUAUACAAGAUUCAAGACAUCACUAUCUUUGAAUCUCAACUAAUCAAUAUUCAAGUUUGUUCAAUACUCUUAAUAAAAAAUUGGGAUUCUAGUGCAGGAUUUGGUCAGACCUGUUUAAAUCCAGACAUCAAAGAAAAAAGUGCUGAAGUAAAAUCAGAUUUGAGAUCAGAAAGUGAGGAAAGAGAACAUAUUGAACCUGAAGGUGAAGGCAAUACUGAAUAUGCUAAAUGA